UCAAUUUCGAAAUGAAAUCCGUUAGGGUACGUAAAUUAGCCGUGACGUCACAGCCGCCAUUAUGAAUCCGGGACCUUCAUCGGCUACCCUGUCUCUCGGCCUGAGCCCAGAUCGAGACCCAGAGAAAUGUAAACAAACACGAGUCAGACUUGAUAUAGGAGUGAAUUUGUUGCUUUUUCGAGGGGCAGUGGGUCUGUACAUGCGUGAGGUGGCGAGGGGCGUGGCCAAGGGGCGGCUAGCAGCGUGUGCCACCAGGGAAAUGUGUACCAACAUAAUGAAGACGCCAGGCAAGGAAGCUUACGGCAGAGUCCUUCUGGUGCGGAAGGCAUCGGGGAAGGACGCAGGGAAGUUGUGUGCCGCGGAGGUUCUGAAGAAAGCGACCAUCGUACAGAAGAAGAAGAAGAAGACAACUGAGCACACCAAGACAGAGAGGCAGGUGUUGGAGGCAGUGCGGCAGAGUCCCUUCCUGGUCACCCUUCACUGUGCCUUCCAAACUGAUGCUAAACUCCACCUUAUCCUUGACUACAUCAGAGGAGGAGAACCGUUCACUCACCUUUACCAGAGAGAAAGGUUCCACGAGGAUGAAGUCCGUCUCUACGUUGAAGUCAUCCUUGCCCUUGACCAUCUGCACAAACUUGGUAUCAUCUAUCGAGACAUCAAGCUUGAAAACAUCCUCCUGGACUCGGAUGGCCACAUAGUAUUGACAGACUUUGGCCUCAGCAAGGACUUCCUCUCUCAUGAAACGGAACACAGAGCAUACUCCUUCUGUGGCACAAUUGAGUACGUGGCCCCCGAGGUGGUGCAGGGAGGAGCUCACGGCCACGAUCAGGCUGUGGACUGGUGGAGUGUGGGAGUGUUAACAUAUGAACUGUUAACUGGAGCCUCGCCUAUCACGGUGGAAGGUGAAAAGAAUAACCAGCAGGAGAUUUCAAGACGAAUCCUGAAAACACAGCCACCGUUGCCCAGUGGUGUAUCGCCAGAGGUCAGAGACUUAAUUUCAAGACUCCUCGUGAAAGACCCUCACCAGCGGUUAGGGGGAGGGCCACGGGACGCACUAGAGAUUAAGGACCGUGUAUUUUUUAAGGCACACACCUACAUUGUGAUGGAGCUCCUUGGAGGUGGAGAGCUGGCUGCUUCAGAGGAUCAGGAAACACGAGAGGUUCACAGAGGCUCAGGCUUCAGUCAUCGUGAGGAACCUGGUGUCAGCAGUUCACUACAAGCACAGAAGAGGCAUCGUUCAUGGAGACCUGAAGCCAGACACGGGUGAAGAGUUAGGAGAGGGAGAGGGAAUAUGUUGGGAAUUAAUGGAAUGGGAGGGAAUAAAAAUAGAAAAGUGGUUGGUGUUGAGGACAGACAGAAAAGAGAAGAAAGGAAAGGUGAAAAAA